AACCGUGAAGCGUCAAUGGAGAAACCAAUUAAUGGAAAAUGUCCCUGCCGAACCCAAUCCUGGUACAUUGUUUUGAUCUCUUUUCUUAUAUGGUUCUCAUUGUUUUACUUGUAUUCUUCAUCUAUAACAUUUGGAAAGAUGGGGGAUAGUUUCUUAGGCAACAAUCGAACCGGUUUUGUGGGUUCGUCCGAGUCUUCAUUACACGACGUUGUUAAAAAUGAAACAGGGAAUGCUUCUUAUGUUAAUGAUGUUAAGAUUGAAGAUAAUAAGGGAAAGGCCAUUGAUGAAACGGAAAACGAUAGGAAGCCUAUUAAGUUUUACAUAGACAGGGAUAUCGAUAUCGAUCGGUUGAUCGCUUUGUUGAUGGCUGAUGAUAAUGAAACCGAAACUUUCGAGACAAUAUCCGGAAAAAUACUUGAAGAAGAGUUCAAAAAUGUGAGGGAUGACCUCCCCACUAUCAAGGGCAGAAGGGAAGCUAAGAGUAGCAAGAGACGAGGCAGGAUUAAACCUGUUGAGGCUGUUGCUGCAGCCACCACCAUACCCAAAAAAGUAGAGCAAGUUGUUCCACAACCAAGAACACAAAAUGUGGUAAAACCCCAAGAACCAAAACCACAAAAUGUCGUAAAACCGGAACCCGAUCCAUCACCUUGUUUGGGUCGGUACAUAUUUGUUCAUGAUAUCCCUAGGAAAUUUAACCAAGACUUGCUGGACAACUGCCAGUCGCUCAGUUCAUGGACAGACAUAUGUGAGUCUGCAUUAAACCUUGGCCUAGGCCCCCCUCUUCCGUGCAAUGAAAAGCUUUAUUCAAAAACUGGCUGGUUUUCGACGAACCAGUUCUUAUUAGAAGUCAUUUUCCACAACAGGAUGAAGCAGUACCAGUGUUUAACUAAUGAUCCAAUGGUGGCUUCAGCAAUCUAUGUUCCAUAUUAUGCAGGCCUUGAUGUUGGUCGUUACCUUUGGGGUCCUAUUGGUUAUAGGAGAGACCAUGAUGCAAUGGAGCUUGUCAAGUGGCUUGCGGGUAGACCCGAAUGGAAAAAUACGUGGGGUCGAGACCAUUUCUUGGUUGCUGGAAGAAUCAAUUGGGAUUUCAGGAGGGACCUCAAGAAUGUGUCUGAUUGGGGCAAUGGGCUUUUGACUUACCCCGAAUCAAAGAACAUGACAAUGCUAGUAAUUGAGUCGAGUCCUUGGAACAACAUCGACUUCGCGAUACCGUAUCCCACGUACUUCCACCCUUCAAGAGAUGAUGAUGUGUUCCAAUGGCAGAACAGAAUGAGAGAACUUAAGAGGCGUUUCUUGUUCUCUUUUGGAGGUGCAAGAAGGCCUAAUCGGGACGAGUGUAUCCGCAAUGAAAUUAUCGACCAGUGCCUAGUGUCAAGGAAGAGAUGCAGGUUCCUAGAAUGUGAUCAAACCCAGAGGUGCUACAAGCCAGAAAAUUUGAUGAAGUUGUUUCAAAGCUCUAUCUUUUGCUUACAACCUCCUGGGAAUUCCUACACCAGGAGGUCAAUAUUUGAUUCAAUAUUGGCAGGCUGCGUUCCAGUUUUCUUCCAUCCAGGUUCUGCAUAUGUUCAAUAUUUAUGGCAUUUCCCCAAGGAUUACACCAAAUAUUCUGUGCUGAUACCGGCCAGUGCCGUUAAAUCCGGCGAGGUCAACAUUGAACAACUGUUGCAAAGAAUCCCAAGAGAAAGAGCAGCAAUGAGGGAUGAGGUCAUAAAGCUGAUUCCAAAUGUGAUCUAUGCAGAUCCUGCUUCGAGAUUGCAAACCAUCGGAGAUGCGUUCAAUCUGACAGUUAAAGGAGUUCUUGACAGAGUUGAAACAAUCAGGAACCAAAUGAAAGAUGGGAAAGAAGUGAAUUCCGAAUUUCCUGAGCAAGAGUCAUGGAAGUAUCUCACAUUUGGGAAACUUGGAGGCCACGAAUGGGAUCCUUUCUUCUCAAGCAAACUUGGGAAGCUUUCGGUGAAACUCGAAGAGCAUGCGUUCCCAUGGAUGUGA